CGCGGCCCGGCCCGCCUCCCCCCAGCACCCCGCGAGGAACAGCUCCGGUGCAGCUUGCGGCACCGCAGUGAAGGGGGAGAGAGGGAGAAGAGAGACAGGAGGGGAGGAAGGAGGCAAGGAAGCAGCCCGCCUCGUUGGGUUACCGAGAGCAAUACGGGAGCUGCCAGGACGAACUGAAUCUUUGACAAAAAUAGCUCUUCCAGGGUUAGGCUUUUUUUUUUUUUUCUUUCUUUUUUUCAGCCGAGCGCACAGGAGAGCUGCCCGGUGCCCCCUCCCAGCCUGCACCCAACCCGCCGGCCUGAGGGGCACCCGCAGCACGGCCGGCAGGAUGUACCAGGGCCACAUGCAGGGGAAAGGCUCUAGGGCGGCAGAUAAGGCUGUUGCUAUGGUGAUGAAGGAGAUUCCGAGGGAUGAGGCUGCAGAGGAAAAGCCCCUCCUCACUAUGGCGUCACAGCUAGUGAACGAGCAACAAGAAAGCAGACCCCUUCUGAGUCCCUCCAUUGAUGACUUUCUCUGUGAAACUAAACCAGAAGCUGUUGCAAGGCCUGUAACUUCAAAUACUGCAGUAUUAUCAACAGGUCUGGAUCUCUUGGAUCUUAGUGAACCUGCCUUACAAACCCAAAACAAAGCAAAGAAAUCAGAGAAUCCAUCAAGAGGUGAAGGCUUAAAAACUUCCGCCCACAGAAAGAAGACAGACAAUUCUGACCUUAUCAGUGUGGAUACUGAACAGAAAGUUCAGACUGUCAGAGUUUCAGACAAGUCUUCACUAGAUUUAGUUGAUAUUCAGACACAGAUUGAGAAAUGGGAUGAUGUCAAUUUUCCUGGAGACAGGAACUGCAAGGUCCAUCCUUCUGCAGAACGAACAUCAUCAUCAUCAUCUAGAGCUCAAUCAAAAGAGCUUUUAUGGUCCACAGAAAAUAGAUCGCAGUCUGAGCUGACUAAUGUCAAGAGCGCUUUCGACACUGAUUCAACAUCAGAACUAGAAGUAGCACCUGCAGUACAGGUGCGAUCAACUAAGGAGCAGCGUUGGGGAGGGCCUCUUCUCUCAAGAAAUCACUCACUGGAAGAGGAAUUUGAAAGAGCUAAGGCAGCUGUGGAGUCAGACACAGAGUUUUGGGAUAAAAUGCAAGCAGAAUGGGAAGAAAUGGCUCGCAGGAACUGGAUUUCAGAGAACCAAGAAGCACCAGGGCAAGUCACCAUCUCUACCAUUGAGAAGGGAUAUUAUUUCCAUACAGAAAAUCCUUUCAAAGACUGGCCAGGUGCUUUUGAGGAAGGACUGAAAAAAAUGAAAGAAGGUGACCUGCCUGUUACAAUCCUGUACCUGGAGGCUGCUAUUCUACAAGAGCCCAAUGAUGCAGAGGCCUGGCAGUUCCUGGGCAUAACACAGGCAGAGAAUGAAAAUGAGCAAGCAGCCAUUGUCGCACUCCAAAGGUGCUUGGAACUGCAGCCAAACAACCUAAAAGCUCUGAUGGCACUGGCUGUAAGUUAUACUAACACAGGUCACCAACAGGAAGCCUACCAAGCUCUACGAAACUGGAUAAAGCUAAAUCCAAAGUACAAGUACAUAGCGAAAAGCAAAAAAGGGUCCCCAGCACUUACCAGGAGAAUGUCUAAGACGUCAGAUGAAAGCUCAUUACUUGAAGAAGUAAAGGAUUUAUACCUGGAGGCUGCUCACCAGAAUGGUGACGUGAUAGACCCUGACUUGCAGACAGGACUUGGAGUUCUUUUCCACCUGAAUGGAGAAUUUAACCGAGCAAUAGAUGCAUUUAGUGCUGCUUUAACUGUUCGGCCAGAGGACUACACGUUAUGGAACCGUCUUGGAGCAACCCUGGCAAAUGGGGAUCGAAGCGAAGAAGCUGUUGAGGCUUACACACGUGCUUUAGAAAUACAACCUGGCUUCAUUAGGUCCAGGUACAAUUUAGGCAUAAGCUGCAUCAACUUAGGAGCAUACAGAGAGGCUGUCAGCAAUUUUCUCACGGCUCUCAGUUUGCAAAGGAAAAGCAGGAAUCAACAGCAGGUGCCCCAUCCUGCUCUAUCAGGCAAUAUCUGGGCAGCACUUAGAAUUGCUUUGUCUAUGAUGGACCAGCCAGAACUAUUUCAAGCUGCCAAUGUGGGCGACCUAGACAUUCUAUUAAGAGCUUUUAAUCUAGAGCCGUAAUACAAAGCAUCCACAAAUUAAGUUAUAUUAGGAAGCAGAGAACUCUUUUAUUACUCAUCUCAAAAUGAUCACAGUUUAAAAAAGAUCACGGCUGUAGAUCAGUAGCAGAAUUCUCAGAUGUUAUUCAAAAAGGAAAAAUUCAAAAGCACAAAAUAUUCUAAAUAUGCUCAGACUCAAAGGAUCCAAAUGAGCAGCAGCUGAUCUGACAAAGCCCUGAAUUAGAUGAAGAUCAUCAUCCCAUGCACGCUCUCUAUAUAUAUCCACACAAACAGAUAUAUGAAGAAAUAUGUGAAAAACAAACCUAGGUA